GCUGUGAUGGAAGAAGUGUUGGAGUAUCUGUACACGGGACAUGUUGACAUCAGUGAAAACAGUGUCAAUUUUGAUUUGACGGCAGCAGCCGAUUAUUUUAUUAUGCCAAGCUUGAAAGCCUUUUGUGGUAAAGGUAUUCUAAAAACACUGGCCCUUUGUAACCGUGUCUCGAUUUAUUAUUUUGCUUCGAAGUAUCGGUGUGAAGAACUUCUGAAAGGUGCUAAGGAUUUCAUUCUGGCCAACUUUGUUGCUGUGGCUGAAACUGAGGACUUCCUGAACUUGAGCAGCAAACAAGUCGAGGAGUGGAUCUCAAGUGAUGAAAUCAUCGUAGAAGGAGAGGAGGAAGUUUUUGAAGUUGUAGUGAAGUGGAUGGAACGAAAUGAAAGUCAGAAACAAAACUUUUACGAGUUGUUUCGUCAUAUUCGCUGUAUCUAUUUGCCCCGUGUGUACCUUUCAAACGUUGCUCUACAUGAUCCACUGGUAAAGAGUAACACAGAUUGCUCAAAUUGUGCACAAGAUGCUAUGAAAGAGGUGUGUGAUGGUGGAGAAGAAUGUUAUUUUGCUCAGUCACCAAGAAACUGCCUGAGAACUCAUGAAAAUGCUAUUGUUGCCUGUGGAGCAAACAGUACACUAUGUUACAUACCUUCAGAAGACAAGUGGUACAAAUUAUCACAUAUGCUGUCGGCAAGGUACUUUUUUAGUCAGUCCAUGAGUGUGUGUCAAGGGAAAUUGUUCUUUAUCGGAGGUACAUGUACCAGUCCCGCGGAACGUUAUGAUCCAUUAGUAAACGCUUGGUCUCCUCUGGAAUCUUUCAAGCAAAAAAUCAAGUUUUGUACUGUUGUAACUUUUCAGGGCUUGCUNGAACUUGAGCAGCAAACAAGUCGAGGAGUGGAUCUCAAGUGA